AUGUCUACAGCUGAGAACAAAGCAGCAGACUGCAGCAGCGGUCUGUCAUGGGCUCGUGUGUGUAAAGAGUGCGGCCAGCAGCAUGACUGCCAGGACAGCCAUCUGUACGAGUACCAGGAGGAGGUGGACGACGAGCUGGUGUGUCACAUCUGCCUCCAGCCUCUCCUGCAGCCCAUGGACACCCCCUGUGGACACACAUACUGCUUCCACUGCCUCAGUAACUUUCUGAAGGAGCAGGACUUCUGCCCUGUGGACCGUCAGCGGUUGCAGCUGCAGCAGUGUCGCCCCUCUAGUCUUUUGGUGAGGAACCUGCUGGACAAGCUGUCUGUGGCCUGUCCACACUACGCAGAGUGUGAGGCACUGAUGCAGCGCUGUGAGCUGCAGCCCCAUCUCCACAACAGGUGUCCUGUUUUUCAAAGAUUACGUGAAGAAGCUGAGAAAAGGAAGAGGCCGUCGUGGAAUGAGUUAAAGGGGCGAAAGGGGGAUGGAGACUCUUCUGGUGACGCUAAACAGACUGCUUUACCACAGACGUCAAGUCGAGAUCAGCCAGACCCAGGUCUUAUUAAUCCUGCUUAUGAAGAAUGUGACGAUGACAACACUCCUCUCCGAUCCAGCUUGGUGGCAGAGGCCAAUGUUGUGGAACUCCUCAGAGAGGAGCCAGACGAGGUGCUGGGGCUUCGUAUUGUUGGCGGAAAAGACACUCCACUGGGCAACAUUGUGAUCCAGGAGAUAAUUCGAGAUUCUAUUGCUGCUCGUGAUGGCAGACUGGCUCCAGGGGAUCACAUACUGGAGAUAAAUGACAUGAGUAUGGCCUCUGUGCCUCAUUCGCGGGCCAUCGCUUUGCUGCGACAGCCCUCGUUGCUCAGACUCACUGUGAUGCAAGAGAAAGGUUUUAAAAUAAGGGAUCCCAGGUCUGAGCCGCACACCAGCCCCCUCGCCUUCUCCCAUCCUGCUCAGCCCAGCCCAGGCACCGUGCUGCAGGUCACACUGAUGAAAAGCCACCGCUCUGAGCCGCUGGGCAUCAAACUCAUUCGGAAGUCCGACGAGAGCGGCGUCUUCAUCCUGGACUUGCUCUCUGGAGGUCUGGCGGCGAAAGACGGGAAACUGAGAAAUAAUGACAAAGUGUUGGCCAUUAAUGGACAAGACCUAAGGCAUGGCACACCAGAGAGUGCUGCUCAGACCAUUCAGGCCAGUGAGGUGCGUGUGAACUUUGUGGUGAUGAGAUCAGAAGAUAAUCCCGACGAGGGUGGGAGCAGAGAGGGCCUGUCUGCCAGAGCUUCCCGAAGAACCCCAGACCCCCAGUACUUCAGACGCCGGUCCACAUACAUGAAGGACCCUCCAGGUGGGUUUUCUAGCCAGGAGAAAACCGUUAGCAUGAAGAAAGAGCCUCGACUUUCUCUGGGAAUCACUAUUGCUGGAGGCAGAGACUGCCGUAGCCGUCUGCCUGUCUACAUCACCAGUGUACAGCCCGUUGGCUGCCUACACCGAGAGGGCACCAUCAAAAGAGGUGAUGUCCUGCUCAGUAUUAAUGGAGCGGACUUGACACAACUGACGUACAAAGAAGCGGUGUCUGUGCUGAAGGCUCAGACAGCCCAGUCCCAGGUGGUUCUAAGGGUCAUUCAGACUCUCUCUGAAGACAUUGAAGAGGAGCCGGACACCUGCAGUAAAGACGAACGGAACCUAGACGACUCGCGAGAAGACGCCCUUAACUGGACCCCACUAUGGACUCGCUGGUUAGGCUUACCAAGUCACAUGCACUGGUGCCGAGACAUUUUCCUACACAAGACCAACAACGAGAGCUGGGGCUUCAGUAUAGUCGGAGGCUAUGAAGAAAGUCACGGCCAGCAGCCAUUCUACAUUAAAACCAUUGUGCCUGGAACGCCUGCUCACUUCGAUGGCCGUCUGAAGUGCGGCGAUGAAAUCGUGGCUGUGAAUGGAGCGACCACAGUGGGAAUGAACAACAGCUCUCUCAUCCCUAUGCUGAAACUGCAGAAGAAUAAAGUCACACUGACAGUGGUGUCGUGGCCGGGGAGCCUGCUCUGA